UGGACUAGCCAAGAACCCUAACCAAAAAAAUCCCCACCUUCUUCCCCUCCAAAUCUCCCAAUCCGCUGCCCCUUCGAGAAAUUCUGCCCAAGAUUCCGCACGAGUACCGCCGGUUCCCUCCAGCGAGGGGAGGGGAGGGGUCCGACCCAUCUCGGCGGCGGCGGCGGCGGCGGCGGCGGCGAGUCGGGGAAGAUGAAUCCCCUGACGCAGGUGAAGCGGACGCAGGUGAUAAACCAGAAGGAGGCGGCGCUGGGCCUCAGCGAGGACGCCUCGUGGCACGCCAAGUUCAGGGGCUCCGCCUACGUCUUCGUCGGCGGCGUCCCCUUCGACCUCACCGAGGGCGACCUCCUCGCCGUCUUCGCGCAGUACGGCGAGGUGGUCGACGUGAACCUCGUGCGCGACAAGGCCACCGGCAAGUCCAAGGGCUUCGCGUUCGUCGCGUAUGAGGACCAGAGGAGCACGGUUCUUGCCGUCGAUAAUUUGAAUGGGGCUAAGGUUCUUGGGAGGAUCAUCAGGGUUGACCAUGUGGAGAAGUACAAGAAGAAGGAGGAGGAGGACGAGGAGGAGCUGCAGAAGAAGAGGGAGGAGCGCGGCGUGUGCUAUGCUUUCCAGAAAGGCGAGUGCAACCGUGGAGAUGCCUGCAAAUAUUCCCAUGAUGAACAGAGAAAUGCAAACACUGGUUGGGGUUCUAAGGAGGAUGACCCAAAAUGGGAGCAUGACAGGCACCGUGGUCCACAAAAUAAGGGGGAAUCCCGUGGCAUCUGCUAUGCUUUCCAGAAAGGCGAAUGCAGUCGGGGAGAUUCCUGCAGAUUUUCGCAUGAUGAGCAGGUAGCUGUCCAGGGCCGUGGCGUCUGCUACGCUUUCCAGAAAGGCGAGUGCAGUCGCAGAGCUUCCUGCAGAUUUUCACAUGAUGAGCAGAGGAAUGCAAACACUGAUCGAGGUUCUUGGGAGGACAGCAAUGCAAGACGGCAGCAUGACCACGAUCCACCAAAGAGCCACAAAAAUUUCCCUGACAGGAAUAAAGAAGAGACGAGAUCAGGGGAUAGGGAUGGUCAAUCCUCAAGAUCAGAGUUGCACAGGGACCGAGAUUCUAGGUCGAGACACGGCGAUAGAGACACAAAAGAUAGUGACAGGAACAGGCACGAGAAAUCCCCCGAGAGAUCAAGAGGUGACAGGCAGAGAGGCGAUGACAGGGGAAGAGAAGAUAGAUCAGACACAAAAGAUAGGGACAGGAACAGGCAUGAGAAAUCCCCUGAGAGAUCAAGAGGCGACAGGCAGAGAGGCGAUGACAGGGGAAGAGAAGAUAGAUCAGAGAGCAGACGGUCUAGGCACGACAGAGACUCUGGUGGCCGUCACGAAAGAAGGGGUGACGAAGAGGAAGAACGGUACCGGAAAUCACGGAGAUAAAACUCAGGGCAUGCACUGCCGUUGCUGUUCUAGUCUGGGUUGAUGUUUGUACUUGUACAAGGUGAACAAUUUUGUUAGUCCUUAGUCUGUGCUAGAUAUUCAGGGUGACAUCUGCUUGUUCUUUUCCUUACAAAGUUUUUGAACAUACUAACCCAUGGGUUAUUUUGCAGGCUAUAUUAACUCAAUCCAUGAUUGGUUCA